ACCAACACGUCUUUGCUUCAUGUUGAGUUGAUCCAUCUCUAGCUCCAACACCGGAGAGUCUCCCUAGCCAGAAAAGACUCUGAACGACCUCCAAUUAUGCCGAGACCGACCCCAUCACCUCCUCAGAUUCACAUCUUCUUCCUCUCGUACAUCCCCUGUCUCGUCUUCCUGUGCUUACUCUCCAGUGCUGCAGAGUCUCAAAUCCAAGAUCAAGAACAGCAAGUCCUGUUGAAGCUGAGGCAAUACUGGCAAGACCCAUCUUCCCUCGACCACUGGGUCGCCUCCAAUUCAUCCUCCCACUGCACAUGGCCUGAGAUCACAUGCCAAGAAGGCUGGAUCUCCGAGCUCAAUCUUGUCAACCUGAGCAUAAAUUAUUCGAUCCCUCCAUUCAUCUGCAACCUCAAGAAUCUGACCAAGCUCGACAUCUCCUACAACAAUAUACCUGGAGGGUUUCCCACUGUUCUCUACAACUGUUCCAAGCUCGUGUACCUCGACCUGUCCCAGAAUUACUUCGAUGGUCCUAUUCCAUCCGACAUCGACCGGAUGGCCGAUCUUCAGGUCCUGAUUCUUGCUGCCAACAGCUUCUCGUUUGAUGUCCCAGCAUCGAUUGCGAGGUUGUGGAGGCUGAGGAUCCUUCACCUUUGCCAGUCCGAGUACAAUGGCACUUACCCUGAAGAGAUUUUUGGCCUGUCUGAUCUUGAAGAACUGAGGCUCGAGUACAACAAGUUUGUGCCGUCGCAGCUACAGCAGAACUUCACUGCCCUGAAGAAGCUACGGUUCUUCUCGAUGGCACAAACAAACCUGAUUGGGGGAAUCCCAGAGACUCUUGGGAAUAUGGAGGCUCUUGAGCACUUGGAUUUGGGGAUGAAUCUACUAACGGGAGAGAUCCCGGGCAGCAUUUUCACUCUGAGGAACUUGAGCAUGAUUGAUCUAUCUUUUAACAACUUGACGGGGAACAUACCUGAAGAUUUUGGGAAGCUCAAGAAUCUAUCCAGCUUGAGUUUGCAGUUCAAUCAAUUAUCCGGUGAAAUCCCCGAAGGUAUUGGGCGUCUUCCCUCUUUGUCUGAUGUCAGGCUGUCUAACAACAAUCUAUCGGGCACGAUCCCCCCCGACUUCGGCAAGUUUUCCCCACUCAGCAGAUUCGAAGUGGCCUUCAACAGCUUGACUGGCGCAUUGCCUGAACAACUGUGCCAUGGGGGCACGCUGUUUGGGUUGGCCGUUAUGGACAACAAUCUCGGCGGGGAGUUGCCAGAGUCACUUGGAAAUUGCAGUACUUUGUCUGUAGCAAUGUUGAACAACAAUGGAUUCACCGGCAAUGUGCCCGGAGGACUCUGGAUGUCGCGGAACUUGAGGGCUUUGAUCUUGAGUGGUAAUGGAUUAACUGGUGAGCUUCCCGAGGAGCUUUCCCCAAACCUCACUCGGAUUGAGAUGAGCAACAACAAAUUCUUCGGCAAGAUUCCGAGCACGGUGUCUUCAUGGAGGAACUUGGUAGUGUUUGAUGCCAGUAAUAACCUCCUCAGUGGCACCAUUCCGACUGAAUUAACCAAGCUUCCUUCUCUGGUGGCGCUUUUGCUAGGUCAGAACGAGCUCUCUGGGAAUCUUCCGACAGCUAUUGUCUCGUGGAACUCCUUGAACACUCUGAAUCUUAGUCACAAUAAAUUGUCGGGACCGAUUCCUAGCAAAAUCGGUCUUCUACCGGUACUCGAGCAGUUGGACCUGUCUGAAAACCAACUGUCUGGCUUGAUUCCUCCUGAAAUCGGCCAGCUGAAUUUGAACCUUCUCAAUUUAUCCUCCAAUCGCCUCAGUGGACGAAUCCCAAAUGAAUUAGAGAACGCCGUGUACAACACCAGUUUCCUGAACAACCCGGGCCUCUGUGCAUCCAAUUCAUUCAUGUGGCUCAAUGUCUGCAAUUCCCAAUCCCGGAGAUGGAGCAAAAGCUUGCCGAUCAAUCUUGCCUUGAUUGUGCUCUUGGUCAUUGCUGUGGCAAUAUUUGUUUUGAAGCUAGCGAUAUUCACAAUCAGAGCUUUGUCGGGAUUGAAGGAGCGUGAUGUGAUCAGAAUUUGCGGAUCAGGGAAAGUACACAAUAUUAUCGAGAACCGUUCUGGUGACGCUGUUGUGAUAAAAAGGAUUUCCAAUUAGCCGACCGUUUGGGUGAUAUAUGCAGGAACCAAUGGAGAGGUACGAUUAUCAAUACCCAUAAGAAGAGAUUCCCACAUCUCGCUCUGCCGCAGACGGAAGACUUGAAUCCUUAUUGUAAUCAACUAGGCAAUUCUCAAACGCACUUCAAGUGGCAUAUUCUCACUUUCUCAGAUUCGUUCAACUGAAUAAGAAUGGCAUGUUUUAGCUA